AAAAAAAAAACUAAAGCAACAAAUCCUAUAAAAAUCCGUAUCCGUUUAAAGUAAUGAGUUUGCCCAGCGGUGUGGAUAUGCAAAAUCUUAUGUCGCAACAUCCAGUUUUAGGUGCUUUACCGCCUGCUUUCUUUUUACGCGCCGCUUCGGAACGCUAUCAGCGUACACCAAAAUGUGCUCGUUGUCGCAAUCACGGAGUGGUUAGUGCUCUAAAAGGUCAUAAACGUUAUUGCCGAUGGCGUGACUGUUUAUGCGCUAAAUGUACAUUAAUUGCGGAACGUCAACGGGUUAUGGCGGCACAGAAUGCCAACACAAGACGGAUACUUGGACGAUCAGACUUCUCGAGUACUUCCCUUUUCGUGGCGGUGGCUUUAAGACGACAACAAGCGCAGGAGGAGAACGAAGCAAGGGAAUUGGGUUUAUUGUAUACGAGUGUACCGCCGGGUGUACCUCAGCCGCCGAAUGCAAACGAAACCACCACCACAUCUACGGCACAAUUAAGUCCUCCAGCGACGGCAAAUGGAGUCUUUCAUGCCGGUAUACCAUCACCGCCUAGCGAUGGCUUGGAUUCGACAAAUCCGCAUCACCAACAGCGAAUGCAAUUUAAUGGGAAUUCCGGUGAUUCGGAUACAGAGAUGCGUAUGCGAGCAGAUCGCAUAUCGAUGGGUUUUUCACCCGACCGCGCGGAGGUCGAAAGCCCCGGGUCCAAACGAGCACGUUUAUCCACUGAAACCGAUCAAGAUACUGGUUCGGAAUCAGCGCCUAGUAGUCCUCAUCCUAAAUCGACACCUAACUACAAUAAUAGCGGUGGAAAUCUGUCGCCAGCUCGUACCGGACCGCCAAGUUCACCAGAGUCGGAUUUGGAUGUUGAUUCAGCCCCCGACGAAGCUACACCCGAAAAUCUAAGCCUGAAAAAGGAAGAUUCCACUUCACCGCCGCAAACACCAUCGACGACCGAGAAUAGCAUGCACAUGUUACGUAACUUUAGCAACAAUAAUCCCCAAGGUUUCAUGCCGUAUCAUCAUUCGCAAUUUUUAGCGGUGGCGGCGGCCAGUGCGCAUCCACAUGCUGCUCAGCAUUCGCCGCAUCCCCACCAUCCACAACAGCCGACUAUGCCGACGGCCCAUCCGAGCAAUGGAGCGCAACAGCGAUCGCCUGUAGACGUACUGCUGCGUGUUUUUCCCAACCGUCGACGCAGCGAUGUUGAACAGCUGCUGCAACGUUAUCGCGGCGAUGUCUUACAAACAAUGGAAGUAAUGUUAUCGGGGGAAGAUGUCUCGCAGGCCAUAGCCUCGGCGGUUGCGGCGACAAAUUCGCCGCCACAAGUUCCGCCCUCACCGCCAUUUCCUUUGAAAUCGGCCUUCUCACCUUUAGUACCGCCGGCUGCAGUGUUUGGUUCACCUACCCACCGCUAUCCACCGUUUAUGCAAGCUCAUGCCAAACGUUUCCUAACCGCACCGUAUACAAGUGCAGCUUAUCUCCCUGGCGUUAUAAAUCCAGCCGAUAUCGAACAAUCCGAAUCGAAUGGUGGAAGCACUUCAAUAGAUCGUAAUAGUAACGCAGGCGAUUCGCAGGAUUGAGACAGUUGUAUCGCCGGUGAUGUCAACGGCAUGUUUAGACC